ACAUUCAACUAAAAAUACAACUUUAUUACUUGAUUACUCAACCAGCGACAUCAAAACGAGUAUAAAUGCUUUCUUGAGUUCAAUAUUAUCAUUUCGGAAAAUGAAACUUUUCGCUCUUCUAGUCUCUAUUACAUUGUGCUACUCUUUCCCAGCUCCUCUUCAAACGAAUGUAUCAGAACCAUUUGGAUUGCUGCAGAAAGUUUCUGAACAAGUGAUUGACCCAGAUUAUAAUAUUCCUGAAGUGAAAGAUGCUCCAGCAAUUCCAUAUGAUGAACGAAACUCCCCAACUCAUGCAUAUUCAGUUGACAUUUCAUUUCACACAACUCCGAGUGACAUGGAUUGUUUGAGAGAUCAAGGUUAUAAAUCUGUAUUUGUCAGAGCUUUGAAUCCAAUUGGAAAUACUUAUUUUGAUCGAAAUGCCUUGAAUACAAUCAACAAUGCAUUUGAAGCUGGACUUGGAAGUGAAGUUUACAUCACUCCAAACAUCAACUCAACAAGGUCUGGAGCAGACCAAAUUAGUCUGGUCUACCAGAAUUUGCUUGCUAAUGGAAUUAAUGUUAGAUCUAUCUGGAUUCAAGUAACUUCUCCAACAAAUUGGGUUGCACCAAUGGCUGUGAGAAUUGAGUUUAUCCAAGAUAUGAUUAGAAGUGCGAAGAAUCUGGGCUUGUCAGUUGGAAUCUACACUUCAUUUUAUGAUUGGUUGGAAAUCACAGGAGGCUGGAACACGUUUAGUUCUGAUGUUUUCUUGUGGUACUGGCAUGUUCUGAGUAUGGGUACUGAUGGUGAAACUACUCCAACUCUUGAAGAUUUCCGUCCAUUUGGACCAUGGAGACAGGCCACUGUGAAACAAUUUGGACAAGUUGAAAAACUUUGUGGAAUGAUUGUAAACCGAAAUGUGUAUUCCACCGGAAACCAACACUUGUCUCAAAUUGUACACUUCUCAACUCAUCAAGAAAAUUCGAGUUCGGAGAAGAAAUUGAUUCGUGUUGGUGGAAUCGGAUUUUGAGAAUCCAAGGAAUGAGAAUUGUCGACUAAAUCUUUGAUACCAGAAAGCAUAAUACAAAAUAAAUAUUUCCGAUGUGAUUGUCGAUAACCUUUUUAACGAUAAAAUUAUCAACACA